CAUAACAAGAUGGUUUAUGCACAUAAAAAGGUAUCAUUUUGUAAAAAAAAGUUUUUUCUGGUAGCGAUCUGCACGCUGAUUUUGUAUUCACAUAUAUUACUCGCCAUAUUCAAUGUAUAAUGCCUUGGCGAAAGCACUGAAUACUGAGAAAUGACAAACGAAAAUCGUCUUCUUGUUGAUGGACGGAAUAGUUUAACAUAUGGGACUGUGAAUCAGUCAAGUUCAUCUCUUCAAGACUCUCAGCAAACAACUCUGCCAAAUGUGCAAAAUCAGGGAGAAAGCAACACAAUUAAGGUAUACAAAAGGCGAUGGUAUAUCUUGACAGUCUAUGGUCUCAUGUCAAUGACUCAGUGUGCGGUAUGGAACACAUUCAGUCCAAUCUCAGAGGUUGGUGUUCACGUGUUUGGCUGGGACACGGCCGGUCUAUCGCUGCUCACAAGCUGGGGACCUAUUACAUAUGUUCUUUGCACAUUCCAAUUCUCCUGGAUUCUAGAUAAAAAAGGCCUACGUCCUGCGUGUUUGAUCAGUGCAUUCUUUGUGGCCGCUGGUACCGGACUGCGUUGUAUCACGACUGAGCGCGCAGUUGCAACACCGCUAAUCCACCUUGGUCAGUUUAUCAAUGGUCUGGGCGGUAUCAUAGGUUAUGGCGGGGCCCCCGUAGUGUCUGCCGAAUGGUUUCCUGCCUCGGAACGCACAACAGCAACUGCCAUAGCUGGUGCAUUCAAUAAUCUUGGUCUUGCGUUAUCCUUCGUUAUAGGGCCAUAUCUUGUUCCACUGCGAAAACUUUAUCCGAAUAAUACGACCAUGAAUGCCUCCACCAUUUUUGUCGAGGAAGUUGUGGUUGACAACUAUACUUACCUGUCCAAUUCAUUUAUUGACUAUGACAUUCCUAAAGAGAGGGAUGAUUUGAUGCUAUACAUGUACUAUUCCUGUGGAUGGUCAGUGUUUUGCCUGCUUCUGUUCUUAAUCUACUUCCCGUCCAAACCUCAAUUACCUCCGAGCCCAACAGCGUCCAUGCAGAGACUCGAGUUCAAAGUUGGACUUAAGAAGCUCUUAGUGAACCGUACGUUCUGGCUGUUGUGUCUCACUUUCGGUGUAUCAAACGGAAUACUAGGCUGCUGGCAGGGUGUACUGGAUGUGAAUCUUAGUGACCAUGGUGUGUCACAGGAUAUGGCUGGCUGGUUGGGUUUCUAUGGUGUCAUAGCGGCUUGCGUUGCUGCCCUUUGUGUGGCCAGGGUUGCAGAUAUUUUUGCAAAGCAAAUGAAAUGGUUCCUAAUUGGCCUGUACUUGUCUGGAGGGGCAUGCUUCACUAUCUUUGUUCUGGCGCUGAUCUCUGUUGUUCCAGACACAGCUGUUGUCCUAUACUCGACGUAUAUAAUCGCCAACCUCCUGUUGGAGGCUUCGUCUCCGCUGUUCUUCGAGAUGGCUUGUGAGGUCACGUACCCUAUAGCGGAGGGAAUCACCAACCUUGUCCUCACUCUUGUCAAUAGCAUCGCAGGCCUUCUGUUCCUGUUUGUGCAGCUCAUACCUAAUAUAGGAACCAUGUGGGAGAACUGGUGUCUGCUUGGAGGCAUAUUUGUGGGCAUUCCGGUGCUGUUCCUGUACAGAGAGUCCUACAACAGACUGGAUAUUGAUAUCAUAGUGGAGGAGAAACCUAAAGAGGAAGUGAAAUCCUGAACCAGUCUGCAGACCACAAGGGUUUUGUUAAUAAAUAUGAAUCCGUUCCAAUUAAGUGUUAAAUUUAAUUUAAAAAGCCCCUACCUUAAUGGAAUUAAUAAUGUUACAUACUCUACAGGAGUUAUACUAAAUGUUUUUUUUACAAAAUGGAAAAUGAUUUAAAAUUCAAGUUAUACUUACUAGUUAAAAACAUUUAAAUUCCUGAAGACCUCUAGUGAAUAAAACAGAAUGAAUUAAGAUUUUUGUUGAAAUAUGGACAUUUCCAUAAGUAUAACGUAACCUUAAGACUAAAAUUGCCCUGCUAAAUGGGUUGGAAAUACUGACUACUCUUACUUUGUCUUCAGAUUUAAUAAAUCUGGUUGUAUGCCUAGGUAUGUAGUUAUAAGUAGCAAGGAUCUAUACAUAUUUGUCAUAACUCUUAAGACUUUUUCGGCGUAAGCUGUAUUAAGCCAGCUUUUCACCCUGACUUGACCUUUGUAAGUAUCCAAUAAUAUGCAAAUAAAAUUUCCCGCGGCUAGGUACGAAUGAAUACACUUCAUUUAUUCCAUUGGCUGAUUUGAGUAUAACACCAGAACAUUGGAAACAUAUCCGCGUCUUUGUAACACUGUUUUACUGCAUGAAACAAUUUUAUCUCUAAUGAAAAGGCUCAAUAGAUAGAACAGUUUUACAAUCAAUUUUCGACAUAAAUACAGUUUGUGCGUUCACCUUUUAUUUUCAGAGAAUUACCAGCGCAAAAGCGUUUAUACUAAAGGCUAUAUUCUCAUAUUUAGUACUUACUUGCAUUGCAUUUCAACCCGCGAAAGUCAGAGUUUAUAUGCAGUUCAUCACCGGAGUUCGCAGAAGGGGUUGCGACCUUUUCAUUGAAGGACAAAAUUGGAAUCUAUGCUAUUUUUGUCUGAUGGAGUAAAUAGUUCGUUUAGUCGCUUUAUCAAUAUUUUAGGCACAGCUGUUGCCUUGGUCGAGUACAGUUGGCGUAAACAAGCCGUCGUUUCAGCAGCAGAAUUGUUACCUAACUUUAAUGCAUUGCAUUCCAAUCCGCAAGGUAUCAAGGUCAGUUUGCGGUCAGUUGCAGAAAUCUUUAUAUAAACGCCGUCUCGUAAACUUUGUGCACUUGAAGUCUGUUUUGAUCAGAAAGAUACUAAAUAAAGAUAUUCGGCAAUAUUAUUGUGGUAUGCCAAUCAUCGAUUUUUAAUAUGUUUUCAACAUUUGCAUGAUAAGGACCAAUUUUGAUAAAAUUAAUUAGAAAUAUUUAUCCAUUUUGACCAGUUUAUUAAGCAUGAGCACAAUAAUUCACUAUACUAUAAUUAUGCAAUUAAAUAAGAUUCGAGUAUUGCCGGCUGACCUAUAUGCACUCGUUUAUUUUCAUGUUUCUUGUGUUUUUCUAUUCUGUAAAUAUAGACAUCUGAGUAAAAAUAUCACAUAAAGCAAAAUAAGCCACGAAAUCUGGCGCAACACCCCGUAAUUGAUUUGCUUGUGAUGUAGCUAAGAACUGCGCAGAAAAAAGGCAUCCGCUACUUUUUAUCUCAUAGAGAUAACUUUUGAUCGUUCAUAAACAUCGACCACAAUCAACGCCGUAUAUCUUUUUUAAAGAUAUUUCUUGUUAAUUUUUCUUUGAUUUUUGUCAACACGUUUUCCACAAAUUUAUUGCAAGAACUUUCAUAGUUCGUUAUUCACUCUGUAUUUAAUGUAUUACAAUUAAAUAUAUUUAGUUUACAAUGUUGUUAUUUUUAUUAAAUGAAGUAGGUUUUGCAUGUUUAGGUUAUGAUUUUAAAUAAGAUUAUUUAAGAAGUAAUUUGUAAAUUUGACUAUGAAAGUAAGUUGUUCAUACAUUCUAUGAGUUUGUUUAUAUGUAAGGAAUAGUCAAUACUUUUCAUUCUUGAGGGUUUCUCUUUGUUUCUUAUACAUUUGAACAACGUUGCAGUACUGUGAUAUGUUUACUUUUUUCUUUGUUAAUUUGUGAACUUAAAUUAUAUAUAUUAUGUAUUUAUAUUGUAAAACUUUUUUUUGAAAAAAAUAUUCAUUGUUAUACC